GAGAUUGGAUAUUGCUAAUUGUUGUGAUUGGUCUGGGAUCGAGUGUGAUAACACUACAAGGCGAGUGAUCCAACUCUCUCUUUCUGGUGCAAGGGAUUUCCGCUUGGGCGAUUGGGUUCUCAACGCCUCUUUGUUUCUUCCCUUUAAAGAAUUGCAAAGUCUUGAUUUGAACAAAAAUAGAUUAAUUGGUUGCUCUGAGAAUCAAGGCUUCGAAGUCCUAUCAUCUAAGCUAAGGAAAAUGAAUGCCCUUGACCUCAGUGGUAAUCGUUUUAGCAAUAAUUUUGUAUCAUGUUUCAAUGGGCUUUCAUCUCUCAGGUCUUUGGAUCUGUCCAGCAAUCUGCUGAAAGGAUCAGCUGACUUCCAUGGUUUCAAAGUCUUGUCAUCAAGGUUAAGAAAACUAGAGAGCCUUCGCCUAAAGAUGAAUGGAUACAAUGAUAGAAUUUUUUCAACUCUAACUGGAUUUUCAUCUCUCAAGUCUUUGGAUCUAUCAUACAAUCAGUUGACAGGAUCAGCUGGCUUCAAUGCUUUUCAACUCCAACCGAUGAGGCUGGGGAAACUAGAGAACCUUUACUUGAGUCGCAAUCAACUGAACAGCAACAUCUCAUCAAUUCUAAGUGGGCUUUUAUCCCUCAAGUCUUUGGAUCUAUCAUAUAAUAUGUUGAGAGGAUCAAAUAUCAAUGGUUUUGAGGCCCUACCAUCAAAAUUGAGGAAACUAGAGAGCCUUGACCUAAGCUAUAAUAGAUUCAACGACAACGAUUUAUCUUAUUUGUGUGAAUUUCCAUCCCUCAAGUCUCUAAAUCUAUCGGGCAAUAUGUUCUUAGGAUCAACGACUAUCAAUGGUUUAAGGAAGUUGGAGGUCCUUAGUCUGAACGAGCUCACCAUCAUCGGAAGUACUUUGCUGCUGUCAUUGGGAGCAUUGCCAUCCCUAAGGACCCUUUCUCUUAAGGAAACUAAUUUAAGCGGGACGUCAAUAAGUCAAGGGAGUUUUUUCAAUUCGACCACCCUUGAAGAGUUGAUACUCGACGGCAGUUCUUUCCCAACAAACAAUCUUCAGAAUAUUGGAGCAUUUUCAGCGCUUAAAAUUCUGUCUUUAAGUGGUUGUGAUCUCAAUAGCACCUUACCAGCAUAAGAUUGGUGUGAAUUGAAAAAUCUAUAGCAGUUAGAUAUCUCUUGGAAUAAUCUGAAGGGUUCACUCCCAGAUUGUUUCAGAAACUUGUCAUCUCUACAACUAUUAGAUGUUUCUGGAAAUCGGCUUGCUGGAAAUAUUGCCUCCGGCCCUCUUACCAAUCUCAAAUCCCUUGAAUUCCUCUCAUUAUCAACUAACCACUUUUGAAGUCCCACUUUCAUUUAUGUCCUUCAUGAACCACUCAAAACUCAAGCUCUUCAUAUGUGACCACAACACACUAAUAGGAGACAAAGCUGGCUUUCAGAAUUUCAUUCCAAAGUUCCUACUCAUGUUGUUCAGCUUGUCAUAUAGUACAUCUAAAGCACUCAAUGCAGAUGUUCCCAACUUUCUCUAUAACCAAUAUGACUUGAGAAACCUUGAUCUCUCCAACAACAACUUCAGUGGAAUGUUCCCAUCGUGGUUACUUGAAAACAACACCAGCUUGGAAGCAAUAUAUUUGAGGCAGAACUCCUUUGUUGGUCCUUUGAAAUUGCCAAACCAUC